AUAUUGUUAUGAGUAUGGCGGCGGAUACUAACGGACGACGGCAAGUUGUUAGAAAUGUUCAGUUCAACUGAAGAAAGCUUUAAUUUCAAAACUUUUUUUUUUGUGGUCGAUAGUGUUUCGAGUGACAUUUCUAACAUCGACGCAACACAGUUUUCAUUUUCUUUCUUGGGACUCUUCAGAAGAUUACUGGACAGGUGAUGCUGCAGUCAAACCUGUCUCCGUUUCCCGAGUCUGCUCUGUCAGUCACCGAACUACCUAGUCUUUCCUAUCUAACUCUUUCCGACUCGGCUAACGUGAACUUUUGCAAUGAGACCAGUUUGUCUACUUGUUUUUUUGAGUUACUUGUCAAAAAUAACACAAGUUUACCUGAGGUAACAGGUCACACCCGUUCCAGAGCUAGUUGAUCACGACUUUUCACCCGAAGAGGCCUGACUCCUAUUCCAGCUAAAUGACAAGUUCUCAGCGCGUUAGCUUAACUAGCCAUAUAGCUAAUUACUCUUUAUAACAGUGUUAUUGCUCAAGGCCUGUCCAGCUCUACUUACCUCUACAAUAGUCGUUUUAAAGCGUGUGUCUUUGAACCUGUUUGGAACAUUAUGCUUCACGAUUAGAAGGAUUUGUUGCUGGGACCCUGAAAGUAAAUAUUAGCCUGCUAGCCUUCCUAAAUCGGGAGUGGCUAGAAGUUGCAUUAGCUAGUUAAACAUUUAGCUAGCAAACAACCUCAGAUACUCACUCUUUAGCACCCGUCCAUAGUGAGUAUGAUAAACAACUUAAUGUUAACUCAGCCUCUAUGGGGGGGAAAAAACACUUAUUGAUGACAUAUUAAACCACGGUCAAAUUGUCAGCGGGUGUGUUUCAAUGGCCAGCCGUAUCAUCAGCAGGCACAGGGAUAGGAAACCGUGCAAUGGUCAGAUUGUGUAAUAUAGCUAUCUGGAUUUAUCCGAUGGGCUAAAGAUUAGCUGCCUGCCGCUAACUUGCGCGGCAUAAUAACGCUUCUCUCGCUAUACAUUUUGAUGGACGUGGGAAAAUAUUUUCUAGAUUGCUACUGUUGCUAUCGUCAAAUGGUUUUGGCUGUACUGUAUUGUGGCCUGUACGUAAUCGUAUUUAGUCAUUCACUGGACGUAAUGUAGCUCUCUAGAAAGAUACCAUAAAUACAUAUUUAUUUUGUAUUUUUUUUACAUGAAUACAGGAGGUUUUACGUGUCUCUUUGAAUCAAAAGAAGAAAACACGUCCAUAUUAAUGGCUAGCUAGCAGUGCCUAACUUAAAAUAGAAGAGCCAGACAGACAGCGAAUAGCCAGGUUACAUGGUUUAUUAACAAAACAGCCGAGGAUUUAAGACUGAAGUUAGUCAUUCUGGAUCAAGAAACCUUGUCUUUCGUCGCUGAUUGGAGUAACACUCCCAAGCCAUCAUCAAUGCCUUCAGCGCUGGCCUUCUUCUCCUGCCGCCCGAAUUCACACCCUUUUCAGGAACGUCAUGUCUACCUGGAGGAGCCAGUCAAGAUCGGGCGCUCUGUGGCACGAUGCCGACCGGCUCAGAACAACGCCACGUUCGACUGCAAGGUUCUGUCACGGAACCAUGCCCUGGUCUGGUUUGAUCAUAAGACGGGCAAGUUCUACCUGCAGGACACUAAGAGUAGUAACGGGACGUUCAUCAACAGCCAGCGUCUGAGUCGCGGGUCCGAGGAGAGUCCUCCCUGUGAGGUCCUCUCUGGUGACUUCAUCCAGUUCGGUGUGGACGUCACAGAGAACACCCGUAAAGUCACCCAUGGCUGCGUAGUGUCUACAAUCAAGCUGUUUCUACCGGACGGCAUGGAGGCUCGACGACGGUCAGAUGUCAUCCAAGCACCUUUACCACUUCCUGUUGAUAAGGUUGCGGCCAACACCCCCAUUAUGUACUCUCAGGAACUCUUCCAGCUCUCCCAGUAUCUGCAGGAGGCCCUACACAGGGAGCAGAUGUUGGAACAGAAGUUGGCAACGUUGCAGUGCCUACUGGCCACCACACAGGAGGCUUCAGAGAGCAGCUGGCAGGCUCUGAUAGAUGAGGACCGGCUUCUCUCCAGACUAGAGGUGAUGGGCAACCAGCUGCAGUCCUACUCUAAAAACCAAACAGAGAAUGGUAUGCGUAACGAGCUGGUAACUCUGCAGGAAGACAAGUACAACUAUGAGAUUACUGCCAAAGAGUCCCUGAGGAGGGUCCUGCAGGAGAAGAUAGAGGUGGCCAGGAAGCUGUCAGAGGUUGAGAGAAGCCUCAGUAACACGGAGGAUGAGUGUUCCCACCUGAAGGAGAUGAAUGAGAGGAACCAUGAAGAGCUCAGAGAACUGGCUAAUAAAUACAACGGCGCUGUCAACGAGAUCAAGGACCUCACUGACAAGAUAAAGCUGGCAGAGGGUCGUCAGGAGGAGUUGACUCAGAGGGGUCAGAUGGAGAAGAAGGAACUGCAGCUUUGUAUUGAUGAGAUGGAGGAGAAGGAACAGGCUCUACAGGCCCGCUUUGAGGCCUUACAGGCUGAUAACGACUUCUCUAACAAACGCCUCACUGCCCUGCAAGUUGGUUUAGAACAGCUGCAGGAGAAAAGCAUCAAGGACAACAACAGUUUAGCUGUGAAGCAGUUGAAAGAAGCAGUGGGUUCGUCGUUGCACAGGCUGGCUAACUUUGAUGAGGUGAUAGAUGCCCACCUGCAGAACAGCCAGACAGCAGCAGGAGACCGCCUUGCCAAUCCUGACAAACUCAAAGAAAACCAACUGGAUACUAAAGACACUGAAAUGUCAGAUACACUGAGCCCCAGCCAGAACCGCAGCAGUGACGACACGUCAGAUGGAAACAUGGAUGAUCGUGAGCUGAAUGAGCCACAGAACAGGGUCGCCUUGCUCAAAGGUCUAGAUGAGCUGCGGAUGGCCAACCUGGAGCCUGGGGACAGAGAGCAGGUGAUUCACCACCUCCACAGAGAGCUGCUGGAGGCCCAGGAGUUGGCCAACACAGGCAAGCAGAAGUGUCUGCAGCUCCAGGCCUUACUGGAAGAGGAGAGGAGGAGUAACAGGCAGCAGACUGAGGAGUCAGCCAAGCAGAUCCAGUACCUACAGAGUCAGUUGGGGAAGCUAGCGGUAGACAUGGAGGAGCUGAAGGAGCAGAGAGAGAGCAGCAUCAGCAGCACACAGGAGGAGCUGUACUCUGCUCAGGAGGAGGUGCUAGUUCUCCACCACGCCAUGGAGGCCGCCACAGCCGAGAGGGAGCGAGACAUCGCCGCCCUGCAGAGGGACCUGGGAGGUGUCACGGCCGAGCUGGAGAAGUGGCGUCAGGCUGCGUCGAAAUACGAACAGGAGAUCAACUCCCUGCAGGCCACCAUCCAACAGCAGAGCCAGCACCAGCACCAGCAGAGAACUAAUGAUUUACAAGGGGAGUUUGAGCGUCUUCAGAAGGACUGUCCCAGUCUGCAGCAGGAAUGUGAGUGUCUCCGUUCUGAGAAGACGACCCUGGUGAACAGACUACACGGACUGGAGACGGACCUGGACAGUUCCAGGAAGCAGACUGCCAGUCUGAGCAGCAAUCUGCAGAGUUUGGAGAAGUCCCAGGGAGAGAUGCAGAGUAGACUGGGCUCACUGCAGGACCAACACCUCCAGGACGCUAACAAGCUGCAGUCACAGUUAAUCCAGGCUGCUAGCAGGACACAGAGCCUGCAGAGAGAGUAUGAGGACACUCAGAACUUGCUGUGUGAUCUGAGGAAGUGUUGUGAGAGGACUGAGCAGGAGAAACGCUCCAUCAACGAGGAGCUGGAACAGUGUAAAGUUAACCUCAAACUGCUGCAGGACAAGGGCAAGAAUCCACCCAUAUUGCAGCCUGUCCAGGCCAUUUUCAUCGGCCUUAUCCCGGCCUUGCUGUAUUGGUGGUUCAGCCAGUUGUGGUAGAAAGGCCGGUUGGAGCCCCUGGAUGCCAGUUGUAGCAGUGAUGGUAGCAGUGACUGCUGCGGUGCUUUAUCCCAACUUCUCCAAGAGCACCUCCACCUGAGACCUUACCUACUACAUGUCCUCUACCACGUCUUCUUCUGGCAUCUCUACCUCUGCCCACACCAAUCCCCUGCCCAUUUUUUGAUUGAUUCAUUAAUCCAUUAAUUAAUCUAUUGAUUAAUUUAUUACCUCUGGUCGGUUCCCCUACAGAAAGUCCCUCUGCUUUAAACUGUACAAAGUAUAACUGUAUAUAUAUAGAGAGAGCGAUCAAGAGAAGUAGUAUUUCUACCGUAGAUAUAGGACUAUUUCUACCGUAGAUAUAGGACUAUUUCUACUGUAGAUAUAGGACUAUUUCUACCGUAGAUAUAGGACUAUUUCUACCGUAGAUAUAGGACUAUUUCUACCGUAGAUAUAGGACUAUUUCUACCGUAGAUAUAGUAUUUAUCAGCUGUUCUUAAUCAGUUUGAUGAUGGGAAUAUUGGUAUUAUUGUUAAAGUGGCCUAAACUAGGCUUUGGUUUAGUUUUUCUGAUGGGUACCUAACCUUUAUUUUUUUAUUAUGUCUCCAGGUUGUUUUAGCUGAGUUGACUUCCUGUGUGGUUGGUUUAGCUGAGUUGACUUCCUGUGUGGUUGGUUUAGCUGAGUUGACUUCCUGUGUGGUUGGUUUAGCUGAGUUGACUUCCUGUGUGGUUGGUUUAGCUGAGUUGACUUCCUGUGUGGUUGGUUUAGCUGAGUUGACUUCCUGUGUGGUUGGUUUAGCUGAGUUGACUUCCUGUGUGGUUGGUUUAGCUGAGUUGACUUCCUGUGUGGUUGGUUUAGCUGAGUUGACUUCCUGUGUGGUUGGUUUAGCUGAGUUGACUUCCUGUGUGGUUGGUUUACCAGGUUGGGGUGUUAAUGUUCUAUUACAUAACAGGGUUUAUUAUUAAAGCCUAAUCAUCAAUCUGAUUAUUCUGAGGUCACGUCCCAAAUUACACCCAGUUUACUGUAUAGUGCCCUCGGCCCUGGUCAAAAGUAGUGCACUAUAUAGGGAAUAGGGUGUCAUUUGGCUGGUGUAAAGUAGUGCACUAUAUCGGGAAUAGGGUGCCAUUUGGCUGGUGUAAAGUAGUGCACUAUAUAGGGAAUAGGGUGUCAUUUGGCUGGUGUAAAGUAGUGCACUAUAUAGGGAAUAGGGUGCCAUUUGGGAAUCAUUUUACGUUUGUUGUGCACAAGGGGUUAAGUGCCUAUGGUAAGGAACAGCAGAGGUGUGUUUGUGAAGACAGUGCCACUCCUACAGAGGCAGUUAUUGAACUAAAACAACAACCCAGUAAUCACUUAAAUAACAUUGUUGGUAGAUGACCAUGUUCAGAAUAACUUUUAUACACCACAUGAUGGUGCUGUAUGUCUGUACUACUGUCUUGUCUCUGCUGUGUGUUGUAAACAACUAGGACUAAAUCAUCAGAAUGUUUUCAAGAGAACACUACAGAACAUAGAUGUGUCAUUAAAAUGGAAAGUUUGAUGUGCUACUUCCAUGAUUUUUGGUCAUUUUGGAGCUUGUUGACUUGUGUUUGUGGUCACUGGUUUGAGACAGUGGACACUGGAAGACAUUAUGGCCCACAAACCCCUUCAGGUUGAACGUCUAUAAAGGCUCUAGUGGACUGAACCAAUUGUCUGUCUAUGCUUUAAACUCUAGCCUUCUAACGCUGCUUUCUUGUCUCUGGGUUCUAGGCUCUCUGAACUCUAUCGGUUCUAGUCCCCAGCCUCUGCUCGCAGUACUUGUUGGGUUCUAGUCCUGCCUUACCUGUCCAUGACAUGGACUCUACCUGUCUGUCUACCUGUCUGUCUGUCUAUUGGUUUCGUAUCAUUGUGAUCCUACCCCUUCUAAGGACAGAUCAAUAUUCACUGAAACCAGUGUGGUUUAUAAUGGGGUGAAAGGGCAGAGAUGAACCUCUUGUGAAGAGAGACUGGAUCUGAUGAAUGGGUUAUGAGGCUGAAUGUGAAUCAGGAGGUGGUUGAGAGGAAGACAACCGGAUGAACUGUGGGGUGAAGGAAGGCUUAAGGCUUCGCCUCCUGUGUGCAGACUGAGUGCUGCCAUCUCCUUUGUUCUCACUGGUUGUCUGGUUUUACCACAAUACUGCCCACGCUGUUUCUGUAAAUAAACACUGAGUCAGUCCAAGAACAAACUAGCUAUUCAUCAUAUUCCACUGUGUCAAUACAUUGUCAACACUUUAACCUGACCCUGAUCUGAACUUUUUCCUGUUGAGCCACCACAAAGCACAGGACUGAACUAUUCUAUCCACAGGAGGGAAGACAAACUACUCUCAAGUAGACCGGAGGAUGUAACUAUUAAGGUUAACGCGUCAGUCCUUUAACAGCCAGCAGUCCAACUUGAACAAGAGCCCUGUAUGUUAUUCACAGUGAUACCUGCAGCGUUCACGUGCCUGUCAGAACUAGGGAACGCUGAAAUGUCUGACUUCCUAACUAGUUGAACGCAGCAUGUGUAUAACUACAACCAGUUAGUAAGUUGGACAUUUCACAGUUUCCUAGUUCCGACUAGUAUGCGAACACAGAGGCGUCCCUCAGUAAUUGUGUGCUUCAUCGCCAGAUCAUCUGAAGGACAAGACAAAAAUAUUUCCUUUCCAUGCUUUUUGAAAUAUGAUGUUUUAACAUUGCUACUAUUGCUAUAAUAUGAAGAAGAAUUCAGUUGUAAAUCAGACACAAUGUUUAUAUGUAUGUAAAUAUAGACAUUCUAGACACAAUGUUUCUGUGUAUGUAACUAUAGACAUUCUAGACACAAAAUAAAAGUUGAAUAACAGUG